GAAGCUCAUCGCUCCCGUGCUAUUUGGGAUAACUAUCCGGAAUCGCUUGUUCCCGUGGUUCAUAAAGGGACCAAUAACUUGCCCGCUUGGCAUCCAAGGUUGGAGCCCUACAUAGCGAGGACCGGUUUGGGAAUGUUGCGCCAUUUCUUGCGGAUCGAGAUCGACAACGAUCUGCUUACGGCAAUGGCGGAACGAUGGCGUCCCGAAACCCAUACAUUCCACCUUCCAGAG